AUGCCGCAGAAAGCCUCUCCACUGCCCAGAAUAUUUGGAGCCACGUUGUGGCUUUAUGUGCAGGGCCAUAGCAAAACAAUUAGCAUUGCCUUCGUGAGCAUUGCAGGACUGACGAGCGCCUUCUGCUUUGGAUACCAUUUAAGCGAUGGCUACCACCGAAAGCGCCUUCAAGAGCUACAAGAAUUAUACGAAGAGACAGCGGUGCCCCUUCUGCUAAUGCAUGAUGCUGCUUGUCAGAAGGAAAAUAUGAUGGACUUACCAUGGCUCGAUAUCGCGCGCAUUCUACGGGCAUCACCGCCGCAGUUUGCUUUUCGAAUGCAAUCCUCCACCUAUGCAGACUUGACACCAGACACAGUAGACACAAUGUUCGACCGUUUGUUGUUCCUCUUUUUGGCCACAGCAUGGAUUUCGUGGUUUGUGAAAGAGAAUUCGUACCUGAAGUUUGACUACACCUUUCUUCGGUUGAGCUAUGGAUAUUUCCAGGACCACCUUCUUCCAGGGUUCAUUCGCUGUAAAUCAAAGAUGCUUUGGACUGGAGUGCUGUUUCUUCACCGCGCAGUGCUAUACCUGUCCCUCACGCUAUGCGGCACGUGGGUACAGGGGAUAGCUCAUAGGCACCCCCAAUCAGCUGCCACACAUGACCUCAGUCAGGCAGCGGAGGAUGCGUCAGCUUUCCUUACUAUAUUCAGCAGAACGAGGCUUGGCGACAAUGAAAGAUUCGGGAGAGAACAUCAGGAGCUGGUCGGCAACGCACUGACCGUCAUACUAGAAAUCCAGCGAGAUUUACGACUUAGGGACGCUGUGGCCGGCCGAGAGGAAGGCGCUUGGCCCUGGCCUGAGGGUCUGACUGGGUUGACUGUAAAUGCGGAGUGUCUAAUCUGUUAUAGUGAGAUUGUAAAUAUAGUGCUCUUGCCUUGUGGACAUCUGAUUCUAUGCGAAAGCUGUUGCGAUACCCUAGGGAUUCGCGAGAGCGCCAUAUUCGGAAACAGUUUAGUGAAAUGCCCAUUAUGUCGGAGUGUCAUAUAUAGUAGGGUGAAAGUAUUUCGGGGAUAA